UGAGAAAAUAAUAUCUCAUUUAGACUAAAAUAUAUCAUAGAUCAGGCUAAGAGGUAAGAAGCGUUUCGCAUAUUGCCAGUUGUCUUUAUUUUUGACCAUUUUUGACAUGGUUUUGACGACGUUCGAAAUCAGAACGGAACAUCUUUUCACUCGGUUUCAAAAUUCAAUUGCAUUGUAAACAAUGCAUACUGAAUGCAGUGAGAGGUAAAGACUGUGUGUGACUUUAAAGUUCAGAACGACUACGACGAGUACAAUCGUCGAAUACGAUGGCAUCGUGGACAAACAACAGUAAUCAUGGAGGAAUGGGUGAAAGCAUUGAGGACUACCAGGUGUUGGACCUACUUGGCAAGGGCGGCUUUGCAUGUGUCUACAGGGCUAGAGCAAUCAACACUGGGCAAGAGGUUGCCAUCAAAAUGAUCGAUAAGAAGAUGAUGCAAGCAGCUGGGAUGGUUGGUCGAGUCAGGAACGAGGUGGAGAUACAAUGUCAGCUCAAGCAUCCAUCUAUCCUAGAGCUAUACAGCUACUUUGAAGACAACAACUAUGUGUAUUUGGUGCUGGAGAUGUGUCACAAUGGAGAGAUGUACAGAUACCUCAAGAGCCACAAUAAGGUCCUGACGGAAGAGGAAGCUCGUCACUGUCUGAAGGAGAUUGUAACAGGAAUGCUUUAUCUUCACUCUCAUGGGAUUCUCCACAGAGACCUGACGCUGGGCAAUAUACUCCUCACCAAAGACAUGCACUGUAAAAUUGCUGAUUUCGGUCUUGCUGCUAAGCUCAACAUGCCCAAUGAGAAACACUACACCAUGUGUGGCACGCCUAACUACAUUUCACCUGAGAUAGCGACUCGAAGCGCUCAUGGCCUCAAGUCUGACGUCUGGUCGCUCGGAUGUAUGCUCUUUACGUUUUUGACUGGUCGUCCGCCCUUUGAUACGGAGGCCGUGAAGAGCACACUCAACAAGGUUGUCCUGGCAGACUACACCAUGCCAGAGCACAUAUGCGCAGAAGCCAAAGACCUGAUCAACAACCUGCUAAGGAAGAACCCAGACGACAGGCUGAGUCUUUCAGGUGUGCUGGACCAUUCGUUUAUGUUGAUGAGUCCAUUGUCAAAUAACCAGCUAAAAUAUCGGGAUCAACAGAACUCAAAACAGAGGCGUGUUGAAUCAUCGAUUGACAGUGGUCAUGCAACCAUGGCAACCCUCUCCACAGCAACGAACUUCCCAAGCCGUGUGUCGUCCCGCAGUCGACCAAUCAAAGCGCUUCCUCUCACCAAUCUCACCCCGCUGGUUUCUCAAGAAGAGAAGGUGGGCGGAGCUAAGAGCCACUCGUACGGCUUUGUUGGGAGGGGGCAAGAACGAGACGUUGAAGCACGGUGGACGGGGAACCAGUAUGACCGGCACCCACCAUCACCUCCGGUCAAACAGAAAGCAAGUCCCAGGAAAGAUUUGCUGAAUGAUAAGCGGAGUGGGUCGUUGGUCUCUUCAACAUCCUCGGGGCAAGGCUCAUGGCUUGACAACAUUGGUUCCAGUGGCAAAGACGUAGUGACAGACCAGCCAGACAAUUGCAGGUCCCUGCGUGAUAGCAGCUCAAACCACUACCACAAUCGUCCUGUCCAUCGCUCCACGACAGAUAGCGACAAAUCCAACAGUUUCUUAGCCGGCCUGCAUCCUUCAAGACACAACAACAGAAACAGACCCUAUGAACCCACGGACAGGAGGCAUCAUCAGUCUAAUGAGGCCUUGAACUCGGAUGGUUUCAGUCGGGGAUACCGAGAACACAAUGUGAAUGACAACCACCGGCGGUUGGAAUCAGACUCACAGGGGGACGGCUGGAAGAGUACAACCAGCAAUCAGUCGGACAGGGUGCCUGAAAGGAGGAGUGAUUUCCCCCUCGGUGGCCUGACCCAGAGCGGUAUGCGAUCUAAAGAACACUCCGCCUCGCAAGAGCAGCUGUUUAUGAAGACCAUGGCGGAUUCAAAGCGUCUUGAAGACAGGUACGAAGGUAAUCACUACUCUAAAAGGCCGACGGGGAGCGAAUUGCAAGAAGUGACAAACUCAAGGGAUUGGAGGAUAGGGAAUGGGACCUAUCAACAACAGGAACUCGAUCAGAGUAACACUGAUCAGAGCAUUAAUGAUAGAAGGGCGGCGGUAGAAGCACAUCACGAUUCAACCGCCCCUGGAAAGAGUCAUCAAACAAACAGGUCGGUCACCGACACAUCAGGCCGGUUGUUACGUGACAGUGGCACAGCCCUGCCGCACCGUCACACAAAACACAGAAGGAAAGAUGAUGUUGAAAACACCAACUUACAAAAGAGCAGACCAUUGGAUGAAAGGCUGGGGCCAGGUAGGAGGGACAGGAGUUACGUAGAUGAGAAAGAGAGGCACACCCAGAAGCAUGAGAGCAGGGGGAGUGCUGACAACAGAGGAAAGAGCCUGGUAGAGCUGACUGCACCGCUGAAUGCCAGCAGGCUGAGGCCGAUCAGGCAAAAAACUAGGAAUGCGAUGGUGAGCAUCCUUGAGAAUGGCGAGGUAUGUUUGGAGUUUCUGAAGAUCAAAGACGGCAGCGAUAGAGUGGUUGAAGUUUUCAGGAUCUCAGAGGAUGGAAUGCAGGUCACGACCUAUCACCCCAACAAAGGUAAAGGUUUCCCGGUCAUGGACACUCCUCCGUCCCCUCCCCAGGGUCGCAUCACCGUCUACACCUACCACAACCUCCCCGGCAAGUACUGGAAGAAGUACCAGUAUGCCGCUAAGUUUGUGCAGCUGGUUCGCUCCAAGACGCCAAAGGUGACUCUCUACACCAAACAGGCAAAGUGCAUGUUGAUGGAGAACUUCCCCGAGGCAGACUUUGAGGCGUGUUUCUAUGAAGGUACCAUGCUCCGCCUCUCCGGUCCAACCCUCCAAGUGACUGAGACCAAUGGGAAAAGCUCCUCCUAUGAUGUAUCCAGUGGUUGCCAGGCUAUCCCCGCUGACCUCCAAGCUAUGGUAGCACAGACGCAGGAUGUACAUAAACAGUGUAUGGAGCUGGAGUCAGCCAUAGCUGGUAUGGAAUCGCUCAAGGGUCAUGGGCCGUAUUUCCCCAUCAUCAUAUGCAGAAAACCAACCUCUGCAGAUACAACACUAACCUCACCCAAUAAGACUGUCCAGAGCUCCAAAACCCCCACCCCUCUGGCCACCGUACCGUCACCCAGUGCCGCACCCCGUGUGUCUGCAUCAGUGUGCUCAUACGAUGGGACGGUGUACAGCAUGAAGAGCGAGACACUAAUAGAGUCUACAAUUGAAGCAAAGAAUCACGUGUCCACCCAACGCGAACGACACAGCAGUCAUCCAAGCAAAGAUGGAAUCCUAAAGAGCACCUUCGUCCCCAACGUAGGCUGGGCCUCGCAGAUGGUCUCCGGUGAGGUGUGGGUCCAGUACAAUGACGGCACGCAGAUCGUGGUCAAAGCAUCCGUCACAGCGGUCAAGUUCAUCGACGCCUCUGGCGGAGUCAGACGGUUCGGUCCAAAAGACAAACUCCCAGAGGAUGUCAAGUCAAAACUUUCGCAGUUGUCGAUGAUCGUUGAGAUGUUCGUUAACAGGUGAUCUUCUUGGUCGACUUUGGGUACAUGAAGCAAUAGAUGGUGAUGUCAGCAGCUGAAUUAUAUUUGCUUAGCACAGUGAUGGACAUGAAUUGGACCCAGCUUUGACAUGGAUUUAGGUCGAAAAUAUUGCAAGGGAGCCUUGAAGGAAAAAGUGGAGCCUUGCAGUGAAAGUUUACAUUUUGGGUGAACAAAGAUUUUGCAGAGUGGGAUUGGAACCUUGGACUUCCGGGUUUACACGCAAUGUACUACCAACUGAGCUAA